GGGAUCGCAGACAGAACCCCCGGCGCCCGGAGCGCGGGAGGUCUUGUCCGCCCCCCGUCGCUUCCUCACCUGGCCCCGGCGCGUCUUUAUCCCCGCAGCCCGGAGCCGGUGCCGGCAGCCGCCGCCUCCGCCAUGGUGUCCCCGGUCACCGUGGUGAAGAGUGAGGGGCCCAAGCUGGUGCCCUUCUUCAAGGCCACCUGCGUGUAUUUUGUGCUCUGGCUGCCCUCCUCGAGCCCGUCGUGGGUCAGCGCCCUCAUCAAGUGCCUGCCUGUCUUCUGCCUCUGGCUCUUCCUUCUGGCCCAUGGCCUAGGAUUCCUGCUGGCCCACCCCAGUGCCACACGCAUCUUUGUAGGGCUCAUCUUCUCCACCCUAGGUGAUGCCUUCCUCAUCUGGCAGGACCAGGGCUACUUUGUACACGGUCUACUGAUGUUUGCUGUGACCCACAUGCUCUACGCCUCAGCCUUUGGUAUGCGGCCAUUGGCUCUUCGGACAGGUCUGGUGAUGGCAGUGCUGUCGGUCCUGUUCUAUGCCUUCCUCUACCCGGGCCUCUCAGGUCCCUUCACCUACUUGGUGGGGGCCUAUGUGGCUCUUAUCAGCUUCAUGGGCUGGCGGGCUAUAGCAGGGCUACGGCUGGUCGGGGCGGCCUGGCGCUGGACUGAGCUGGCGGCUGGCAGUGGUGCAGUGCUCUUUAUCAUCUCUGACGUGACCAUCGCUGUCAACAAGUUCUGCUUUCCCGUGCCCUACUCGCGGGCACUCAUCAUGUCCACCUACUAUGCUGCCCAGAUGCUCAUUGCCCUGUCAGCUGUUGAGAACCGGGAGCCAGUGGAAGACUACAGACUGAGCAAGGCCAACUGAUACCCCAAGGGCUAGGGUCUGGUCACCUGCCCUCUCCUGGGACUGGGGUCCAGAACCUGGGAACCUGCAAGAGUUGGUUCAGGAUGGCUGCAGUUUCAGACUGAGGCAGCAGGUACCACCUGGAAAAUGUACAAGUUUGAUGGGGUGAGCAGGAAAGGACCUCUAGCAAAGCUGGUGGUCUAGGGCAAUGCUGAGAGCUAAAGAGAGUCAGACUAAUAUUCCUUGCUGGAGCCAGAAGUAGACAUCUCCCCACCUCUACCCCAUUGGGAUUGUCAAAACCCCUCUGGAGGGUGAUGGUGCUCAGCUUCUUGACCUCCCCACGCUUCUACUAGAUGGAAGAGUCUGGCUCACCCACUCUCACUCUCUCUGAUCUAUGUAGAGUUGAGGGGGAGGGGAGAAAUCUGUGCUAAGGCUUGAAGCCCCUUUCAAAGGCCCCUAGUUGGGCAGAUUGGAUGGAGUGGAGUCUCCCUUUCCCUCACCUAUCCUUGUUACUUGAACAAUUGCAAUCUCUGUGUGGUGGGUAGGAAAGUGUCUGACCAAGUAGGUAAGAGGGGAGUUCUUUGGCCUGGGAGCUUGGGGUAUCAAGGAUUCAAGUUGGUCCCAUCUCUCUCGAAGGCCAGCCCAGAGCUCAGGCCCCACAUCACCACCCUCAGACCCUAUCCCCAGGGCGAGGGUGAACCAUGCCAAAGGAAGGGGCCAGCCUGUGUGUGUCUAUGUGUGUGCAAUCUGUUUCCCAGCCUGUCUUUCUCUGCCAUCUGUCUCUGUCCUGCUGUCUGUCAAAGUCUUAUAGGGAGAGGCCUCAGGGAGCUGCUGAAGGGAUACUGGGCCUGGCUUGGAGAGCUGGGAUUCCCCCCCCCCUCCCCCAAGUUCUUUCUUCCUACCACUCCUGCACUGGGAGCAAGAGGAGGGGGGGCUCCAAUGACACUUUAGGGUCAAAAGACCCAAGGCACAUUCAAUGCAAGGUGAGCAAGGAUGGGGCAACUCCAUCCUUUACUGUUCAUAUGAAAAAAUAAAAAUAAAAACCAAGGGCCGCUGGUUGCCCUGCUUGUCUGUC